CUAUGACGUCACACGGGGAAUCUAAACAAACAGGCAUGGUCAACCAAAUGUAAAUACUUUACAUCAAGCGUUUGUUCUUCCCCAAACAGCAAGUUCGAUCAUAAAUUAAGGACCCAAUCUUCAAGUAUUUGGCAUUGACUAUGAGUGUGUCCAAUGUCAGUCAUCAAGGCGGGCCUAGCCAAAAGAUUGGACCUAUUCUGGUGAAUUUUGAACAUGCUGGCGUGACUCCCGAAGCUGCUUUGGAGCAAUUUCAAGCCAAACUCUCGUAUACAUUCCCCGAUACCACCAAAGUGCGGAAAUCUCGCCCGGAAUUGGAUCUGAGCCUUCAAACGGAUCACAUCAAAUACUCCAAUAAGGCGCCAUCAGUCCAAGGUAUUCGUCCCAGUCCUUAUCUGAGUACCUAUUUGGCCAUCAAGAACAAGAUCACAGGUCAAAUUCGGUUAGUGGAAACCAACUCGGUGACAGUAGGAGCUCUGGUCAAAACUCCAAAGACCACUAAUCUUCAACUUUUGAACGAGGAGGAAGUCGGCGAAGGCACUCGAACCAAGAAAAAGAAGCAUUUGGUCAAGGAGUUCGGAGCCACUCGAGGUCAGCGGGUUUAUGAGCAAGCCGACCGCAUGACUGUGGAUCAAGGCCAAUUGGAGGCUAAAUUGGGAGAAGCGGCGGGCAAAGUCGAGGAAGCCCACAUUGAAAUUCCUGAAGUGGAAGAUGACACCAUCACAAGAAUGAUUCCACCCUGUAACAGGCAAACGAAGAACCUGAUUGAUGUCUACAAGCUCGAGGAUAUCCUCUCCGAUGAACAAAGAGAGGUUCUCAGUGAAAGCGCCCAAAAUGUUUUGGAUUCCUUCUCGGACAUCAGUGAUUUGGAUAUUGCAAUGCGGUCAAAGAAGUUCAGUCCUUUGGUGGGACAGAUAAUUCGGGAUCAAUUUCACAAACCGGAUGUAGAGUUUGUGGGCGUGGCCUUGUAUAUCCAGGGGCUUGUCACCUUGAUGUACGCCAGACCCCAAAUGCUGCGGCAAGGGCUCAAAUGCUUACCUCCGUUUCUUCCAAACGCCAUUAAAACGCACAUUUUUAAGACAUUCACUGAGAAUAACCAAAUGUCACCCUCUAGCCGCGACAAAGUGAUAUGCUAUAUCAUUGUCCUAUCUCUGUUGAUCAGUAACUUCUCCGUCAAAUUGUUAGCCCUUUCCAAGAGUAUCAACAAAAAGGCCGAUGUUUUGAAGCAACUGAUUCAUGCCACAGGAGCAACGAUCGUUAAGGAUGACGAAGAAAGACACUCGGUCAGCCUGAAGUUCCCUUUGACCAGCUUUGAGGCGGCUCGGCCUUCGGGACGACGAAAGCGAAGGACCAUGUAAAAGUUGAUGGUUUUAUUUGUUAUGUAUGAGGAAUAUUGAAUACAACCUUCAAAUCCC